UUUACGAGAAGAUCACUCAGCACAUGUGGCUGAAGACCGUUAUUGAGCGUUUGCAGGAGGUGGGCGGCCGAGCGGUGCAGACGCAGGUGGAUCUGGGCUAUAACUUCUUUGUCAACGCGGACGUGCCUGACACCUCCAGGAUCUUCGUAGCGCUCGGCUACGGGUUCUUCGCGGAGCUGACGCUGACGGAGGCGCUGCGCUUCGUGGAGAGGAAAACCAAGUUACUGAUCGAGCUCAGCGAAUCCCUCACCAAGGACUCCGCCAAAAUCAAGGCCAAUAUCCGGAUGGUCUUGGAG